AAAACUGUACUCCUUCCAGAACAGGGGUAGAGGGGAUACAAAAAAUAAGCCAUCAGGCAUCACACCCCACAUGCUGGGGCACCCUGAGCUGCUAACAGGUAGAAGAUACUGUGUCCUGUGGGGAAACGCCUCAGGAACCUGGAGAUAAUCAGAAGCAGAAAUAGCUGUGCAGGUGAAACAUGAAAGGUGAAGCAUGAGUUCCCUAUGCAAAUCCAUGCACUCACAUCAAUGCACAAUAAUGCGGCAGGCUGCAAAGAAUGAUUUAUGAGCUGCCAAGGCAUGUUGCUGCUGGUGGCCCGGGCUGGAUGCAUGAUCUGGAGGUGAUGAGGAUUCCUUUGUGGCUGGGCUUUCUAUGGGAAGGGCAGGUGGCUCAGUUGGGUGCUGAAAAAAGAAGAGGCAGGACUUGUGGCCUGAGCUUGGCCUCAUCUGCAUUUUGACCUCAUGGAGAGCUUGGCAGCCACAGUGCUGGAAAGCAGCGCCUCAGCUCCAGGGGACCUCCUUCUACCCCUGCAUCUUUUCCAGAGGUCUACAAACAUCUAAGUGCCUGGCCCCAUAGCCCUGCCCCAGGAGGAGAUGGCCAUGGAAAAGCCAGUGAUUCCCACUGAGGAGCAGCUGGAGAUUCUGGAAUACCACUUCUGCAAGGUGAAUAAGCAUCCUGACCCCACCACACUGUGCCUCAUCGCUGCUGAGACCGGGCUCUCCGAGGAGCAGACUCUGAAAUGGUUCAAGCAGCGCCUGGCGGAGUGGAGGAAGUCUGAAGGGCUGCCCUCAGAAAGCGGGUCUGUCAGGGACUAGAGCAUGCUGCUCCAAUCCCCUUGUCACUUAUAGAGGAUGAUGAAGCUCUUCAGUGGGUUUCCUUGGGGUUCUUCUGUUGCAAUAGGUUUUGCGAUACAAAGUAAUACUCUGCUAUUUAACGUAAAUCUUAUUUAACAUGUACAUAACCAGAAAAAAACCCACUCUAUAUACUUAUAUAUAUAUAUAUAUGUAUAUGUAUAUGCACACACAUGUGUGUAUACAACUUUUGAUGGCUGAUAACCUAUCUUGUGAUUCCAACCCAUUAACAGCAGCUGCACAAGAAAAGGCAAUUUCAUGCCCUUGUUCCAGGCUUGCAGAAAUGUUGCCAUGAUCUAUGUUCAAAUAUAGAAGGAAAAAAUAAAGAUUCCUUUUCCUUACAAUCUA